UUGAAAAUAGUCGAGAGGGAAACAAAGAGAGAGCGAACAUCCUGCUAUUAUCGGACGUGAAUAACUAUACAAAUUGGUUAUUUUUCGACCAGAGUAACUUUGUACUUUCGUACGGCCUCCGCCAUGUCUCACAAACAGAUCUACUACUCUGACAAAUAUGACGACGACAAAUACGAAUACAGACAUGUAAUGUUGCCCAAAGACAUCGCAAAACGUGUACCCAAGACCCACUUGAUGUCUGAGACCGAGUGGAGGAACCUGGGGGUCCAGCAGAGCCAGGGAUGGGUGCAUUACAUGAUCCAUCAACCAGAACCUCACAUCUUGCUGUUCCGGCGCCCUCUGCCUAACCCAAAAUCUUAAAGGUAUUUUUUGAGUCCUGCAAAGCUCAGCCUUUAUGUGCCUCCGAUCAGAGUUCCCAUCAUGCUGUCAAACCAAGCUGCCGUUGGAUCAGAUCUCUGUGGUGAUGAUGCUGGACCUGGAGAUGGACUAUGAUUUAUGAACAAUGGAUGUGGAGUGAACGUGUUGGAGAGGGGGAAAAAAAAAAAAAAAGAUCUGUCUUUAUGUAAGAAAAGGAAUCAACACGUCAUCUGACACAUUUAAACCCUUUUUGACUUUUUAAAACGGCUUCAACGUCUGCUUGGAUCUGCAGUUUAUUAGAGCGAUUACUAUAGUGUGGUGAACAAAGCUUUAACAGGAGUUAUACAGUUAUGAAACCACUUGAUCGUGACUCUAGAUUAGUUUGACUCAAGCCGACAUGUUGCUGCUUGGUUGUAUGAGACUGUAAAUCUGCAUUUAACACAUGAGAAUCUGCAACUUUCCUGUUUUGAACUAGAUUUGAUUUUGUUUUCAUUCUGCUUUUGAGGAUUUCAUUUCACUUGGUCUGAAUGUACCAACAAGCUGCUCAGUAUUUAUGAAUUGUGUUGCCCUUCAAUAAAUAAAUGUAAACUUACAAUUUUA